UCCAGAAAACGUCGUACAAGGUUUUUGAGUCUCUCUCCGUCACCGGGAACGAAUUGGGAAGAGAAAAUUAGAAAAAAAAAAAGGCGAAGAAGAGAGGAAUGGCGCCAGUUCUUCAGAGCUCACAGCCAUGGGUUGAGAAAUACCGGCCGAAGCAGGUUAAGGACGUUGCUCACCAGGAAGAGGUGGUUCGUGUCCUCACCAACACUCUCCAGACUGCUGACUGCCCGCACAUGCUCUUCUAUGGACCGCCAGGCACUGGAAAAACCACUACUGCACUUGCCAUCGCCCACCAGCUUUUUGGACCUGAACUAUACAAGUCUAGGGUGUUGGAGCUCAAUGCAAGUGAUGACAGAGGCAUUAAUGUUGUUCGGACAAAGAUCAAGGAUUUUGCUGCUGUUGCUGUUGGGUCUAAUCAUCGUCAAAGCGGUUAUCCUUGCCCAUCGUUUAAGAUCAUCAUCCUAGAUGAGGCUGAUUCGAUGACAGAAGAUGCUCAGAACGCCUUGAGGCGCACAAUGGAAACUUACUCCAAAGUCACCAGAUUCUUUUUCAUAUGUAAUUACAUCAGCAGGAUCAUAGAGCCCCUUGCUUCCAGGUGUGCGAAGUUCAGGUUUAAACCACUUUCUGAAGAAGUCAUGAGUAACCGUAUAUUGCAUAUUUGUAAUGAAGAAGGUCUCAGCCUUGGUGGAGAGGCUCUUUCAACUUUGAGCUCCAUAUCACAAGGUGAUCUCCGUAGGGCCAUCACAUAUCUGCAGAGUGCUACUCGGUUGUUUGGGUCAACAAUAACUUCUACAGAUUUACUCGAUGUAUCUGGGGUAGUUCCCCUGGAGGUAGUCAAUAAACUUUUUACUGCAUGCAAAAGUGGUGAUUUCGAUAUUGCAAACAAGGAAGUGGAUAACAUAGUCGCAGAAGGAUAUCCGGCAUCUCAAAUCAUCAAUCAGCUAUUCGAUAUAGUUGCGGAGGCUGACAGUGACAUAACAGACAUGCAAAAGGCUAAAAUCUGCAAAUGUUUAGCUGAAACUGAUAAGCGACUUGUAGACGGGGCGGAUGAGUACUUGCAGCUUCUGGAUGUGGCAAGCAAUACAAUUCUUGCCCUCUCAGAAAUGGCUCAAGACUUCUAAUGCAAAUACCCUUUAAAGUAUAAAGCUCUGCAUCUUGAUCCUGCUUGAUUUGGACCUUUUCCUUAUGACUUAUGAGUUUUCACAAUGCCACUGUCAUAGUUUAGGUUUUGAUAAAAAAAAAAGUUGGAGCAUUAUGACGUUUUUGUGGUUACCCUGCCUGAUGUGCUGUUACAGAGUUAUUGUUUUAAGAGAACUAUGAGAUGUAUUUUUUUGAGCCA